AUGCUAGAUGUUUAUCAUGAAGAAGUUAAGAAGGAGAUUGCAAAUUCUCCUUUUGUUGCAGUAAUUGCCGAUGAAACGACUGACGUAGCCUGUGAAUUUCAGUUAGUUAUUAUUUUCAGAUAUUUGUGUAAAGGACAACCACUUGAGAGAUUUUGGAGAUUUUACGUCCCCGACGGACACGAUGCCAAAUCAAUCGCUGCAUGCGUUUUAAAUGUUGUAAAUCCAUUACUAGAUCAAAAUCCAAACAAAUUAAUAGCUCAAAGCUAUGAUGGUGCGUCUGUUAUGAGUGAUUGCCAAGAUCUUCCCAAACACGUUGGAAUUUUCAGUCAUGAGGUGUUCAUACAGUUUAUGAAAAUAGGAAAGGCCUGA